UAAAUGAUUAAAGAAAAUGAUUUAUGAAUUAGAUGCUGUUACACCAUACCUAAGGCAAUACAAUCAAUUUGAUAUACCUACUUUAAAAUGAGUUCAACCGUUAAUAUAAAAGUGGAGAGAAAUAUCAACAGGCUCAGUUUCUGAACUGGACACAAUGAAACUAUUAUCCUGCUUUUUAUUGGUGACCACUAUAGGCCUGGCCUGUGGCUUUGCCUACUAUCCACCGCCACCGCCACCGACGCCGCCGAGUCCAAUGCAUGCGUGCGGUUGUCCUUCGCCACGUCUAUUACCAUAUGAGCCGUUGUGUGGAAGCAACUACAAGACCUACCCCAACAAAUGCGAGUUGGGCUGCGACCAUAGCCAAGGUGUUGGCGGUAUAUUUGUACUGUACAAAGGACCCUGUGUGUCCCAUUAUCUUCCCCCUCCCCCACCUUCCCCGGGGUCAAUACCAAUUGGGAGCCCACAAACCGCGGGAAGCUCUGCCUAUUAGGCAGUUAAAUUGAUUAAAUUAUAAAAAGAACAUGAAAUGUUCGUGAUCUAUAUUUAUUUUUAUGUAUUAAAAAUA